AUGCUACUGCUACACCUUAAGAAAGGAGUCCCCCCAAUUCAGCUUUGCCUUCACGAGCGAGAUUUUGAAGCAGGCAAGUUAAUCACCUCCAAUAUUGUGGACGAAGGCAUCAUAGGUAGCCGCAACGUUAUCGUGGUGGUGACUCAGCACUUCAUAGACAGUUCCUGGUGUCGCUUUGAGUUUGAACUGGCACAGUCCUGGCUUGUCUUGGGGCGAAAUACCAGCAUCAUCAUCAUCAUUCUUGAAGAUGUGGAAGAUAAGAAGAUAAAGAGAAGACUUUCAGCAUCUGAAAAGCCACCUCUGCAGUGGUUCAUGGUAUAUGUUACCUUCUGUUUUUGCCAUGAAUAUUGUGCUACGCAAAUCAGGGUGGUCAAUGGGGACAACAGCUGCUCUGGAAGGGUUGAGAUCUACCAUCAUGGUGAAUGGGGAACCAUUUGUGAUGAUUCCUGGGAUCUCAGUGAUGCUGAAGUGGUGUGCAGGCAGCUGGGGUGUGGAAAAGCGCUCCGUGCCCCUCCAAAAGCCUACUUUGGUCAGGGAAGUGGGAAGAUCUGGCUGGAUGAUGUUCAGUGCUCUGUUGAUUCCAGCAUCCAGCUUGCCAAUAGCAGUGGUUACUGCUCUGGAAGAGUUGAGAUCUACCAUAAUGGUGAAUGGGGAACAGUGUGUGAUGAUUCCUGGGACAUAUAUGAUACUGAAGUGGUGUGCAGGCAGCUGGGGUGUGGAAAAGCACUCCAUGCCCCUCGAGAAGCCUACUUUGGUCAGGGAAGUGGGACGACCUGGCUGGAUGAGGUUCUCUGCUCUGGUACUGAGAGCUCUAUCACACAGUGCUCACACAAUGGAUUUGGAAAUGAGAAUUGCAAUCCCAGUGAAGAUGCAGGAGUGGUCUGUAUAGGGAAUAUCAAGACGCCAACACUUGCCCUCCUUACUACAAACACAGCUCUUUUACCUGGGGAGUCAGCAGAGUUCAGAUGUGCCAUAACAUCACAUAGACCGGUGACUGCAAACUUCCGACUGUAUAGAAAUGAAAUAUAUAUGCAGACCAAGACUGCAGACCAGAACAUGAUGACUUUCAGUCUUUCUAGUCUGGCUUCCUCAGACCAGGGCAGCUACACCUGUGAUUACUAUUACCAGGGGACACUCACUAUCAGCUCUUCCAAGAGCAAUGCGAUCACAAUUACAAUUGUGAGCCUACAUGUACCUCGUAUCAACUGCACUGCUCCAGAGGGAGGGCUGUCCUGGGGACCUUCAGGGCUGGAGAUAACUAAGGGCUACAGCUUCUCUAUCACCUGUUCCACUCAACCACAGUUCCCUGGUGGAGUUUUCCAUCUGAGUUUCUCUGGAUCCAACAGCACCAUGACUCAGCCUGCUACCAACCACUCAGCUUUCUUCUACUUUCCAGCAGCAGAUUAUUCCCACCAGGGUAACUACAGCUGUGUGUAUCAUGUGGAUUUACCAUCUCGGCACUUAUACUCCACGGAGACAGAGAAGCUAACUGUCACCAUAAGAGAAUUCAUGGUGCCUUUCAUUGCUGCUGGAGUGACAGGUGGUGUAGUAUUGCUACUGUUGUUUGGCUUGGUCUGCAUCUUUUGGGCUCGGAGGAAACAGACCAACAGAAGGCAGACAACUUGGAAGCACAUAAGAGGACAAUCUAAAUUGAACACACAUGGGAAGACCAGAUUAGAUCAGAAUGAACAGAAGAAAGGUGAGGACGAGGAUGGAGAGGAUAAUGCCAGAUUAGACCCAAGGGCAGAAGAGGAUGACUGUGAAGAUGAAGACCAGGAUGUAAAUGUAGAAAUGGAAGAUCAAGAUAACUGUGAAGAUGAAUACCAGGAUGAACAUGUAAAUGUAGAAAUAGAAGAUCAAGAUGACUGUGAAGAUGAAUACCAGGAUGAACAUGUAAAUGUAGAAAUAGAAGAUCAAGAUGACUGUGAAGAUGAAUACCAGGAUGAACAUGUAGAAAUGGAAGAUCAAGAUGACUGUGAAGAUGAAUACCAGGAUGAACAUGUAGAAAUGGAAGAUCAAGAUGACUGUGAAGAUGAAUACCAGGAUGAACAUGUAGAAAUGGAAGAUCAAGAUGACUGUGAAGAUGAAUACCAGGAUGACUAUGUAAAUGUAGAAAUAGAAGAUCAAGGUGACUAUGAAAAUGUAGAAGACUAAAUGGAGGAACUUGACGCAGGUAUAUUUAUAUAGAAUAUUUAUGGUAACUGUUAAUAUGAAACAAUAUUUGACUUAAACAUGGAUGAUGACCGAUGGGGGUUCUUACUGGUGGCUUCCUAGUGCCAAACACAAAAACAUUUUGCCUAUUAAAAAACAUAAUGCAAUUCAGAAAA